AUGAAGAGCUUUGCUGCUUGCGUGCUUCUACUAUGUGCUUUGUUCUUUGAACAAGUAUUUGCUGUACGUUUCGACAUUCCAGCCUCUACGAAACCGGAACAAGUCUGUAUUCGUGAUUUUGUCAGUGAGGGUCAAUUAGUGCUCAUUGAUAUUGAGACUGAUGGUUCUGUUGGUGAUGGUCAACAGUUGAAUCUAUACGUUCGUGACAGUAACGGUAACGAAUACCGUAGGAAUAGAGACAUUGCUGGAGAAGUACGUGUUGUAUUUACUGCUCCACAAUCCACCUCAUUUGAUGUUUGUUUCGAGAAUGUGGCGCAAGUUAACGGUAGAUCUUUGAGCCGUUCCAUUGAAUUGGAUAUUGAAUCCGGAUCCGAGGCUCGUGAUUGGAACAAGAUUCAAGCCAGUGAAAAAUUGAAACCGGUGGAAGUUGAACUACGUAGGAUUGAAGAAUUGACUGACGAAAUUGUUGAUGAAUUCAACUACUUGAAGGGGAGAGAAGAAAGACUAAGAGACACCAACGAGUCCACCAACAGAAGAGUUAGAAACUUUUCUAUCGCUGUCAUCGUUGUUUUGGUCGCUUUGGGUGCAUGGCAAGUAAACUACAUGAAGAACUUCUUUAGAGCUAAGCACAUUAUUUAG